AUGUCUUUACGAAAAAAAAUGUUUAUAAGCGCCUUAGAAAGUGGAUUUAUUAAAGGAUUUGAUUAUAGUUCAUUUGAAAAUAUUACAAUAAUCUCAGGAGGAGGAUAUGGUACAGUUUAUUGUUCUUAUUCAACAAAUUUAGAAAAAUAUGUUGCAUUAAAAAGUUUGCAUGAAAAAGACGAAUCAUUUUAUGAAAAUUUUGUGAGAGAG